AUGUGGCCAUAUCAAUUCAAAAGUCUUUAUAAACUCGUUCGUCCUCGAUUGUUAAAAAGGAGUCGUCGUCGUUCAUUACACCCAGAGCUAAGACUGGCUUUGACCCUGUCGUACCUAGCGCAUGGGGAUAGCAUGUUUUCAAAGAAAGCUGAAUUUAGAGUUGGCAGAUCAACGGCAUACCGGAUUGUGCCUGAAGUGUGCCGCAUCAUAUGGGAUAUGCUGCAACCUUGUUAUCUGGCACAACCAACGCAAGAAAUAUGGACAUGUAUUGCCGACGAAUUCAUGCAAAAGUGGCAAUUCCCUAAUUGCAUUGGAGCAGUGGAUGGGAAGCAUAUCCGUAUUCAGUGUCCCCCAAAUACUGGCACUCAAUAUUCAAAUUAUAAAAAAUACUUUUCAUUAGUCUUGAUGGCUGUAUGUGACGCAAGUUAUAAAUUUACAAUGGUAGAUAUAGGACAAUUCGGCAGUAUCAGUGAUGGUGGAGUUUGGGCACAUUCGGAUAUGUCUCACCUUCUUGAUAAUAACUUGCUUGAUGUGCCCCCGAAGAAAGAAUUGCCUGGCACUUUCAUAGCAACGGAAUAUGCACUUGUAGGUGAUGAAGCUUUCCCCCUUAAGAAAUAUCUGCUACGUCCAUAUCCUCGACACCAGUUAACCGAUAAAGAAAGAGUGUUCAACUACCUAUUGUCACGAGCACGACGCGUUAUUGAAAAUGCUUUUGGCAUUCUUGUGUCAAGAUGGCGAAUUCUUACGAGACCUUUAUGUUGUUCUCCAGAAAAUGCUGAGCACUUAGUGAAGGCUUUGAUCUGUCUUCACAAUUUUGUUAUAACAGGAGAAAGAGAAAUUGCUCCAGCUCGCAGGAGGUACUGUCCAUCACAGUUGGUAGACAGAGAAACAGAAGAAGGUAUGCUUUUAGAAGGAGCAUGGUGA